CAAAUAGUGGGUACCUUCAAAAGGUUUAAAUGUUCACUUUAUAAGCACUAUAAGAAAUCAUGUUUCAUUGUGUAAUUUUUUGGUUUUAAAAUAUUUUUCUAAUAAAUUUGUAAACAAUGUUACCAGGGGGACAGCGUCGGCGAGCGUAUCCGUAUGCUAUGAAUUGAACGAGAGGCCUACUCGAGGGAGAAAGAGUUGACUAGAUCGACUAUAUAACAGGCCUACAAGCAAGUAAAAAUGUUAGACAUAGUAAGACCGGUGGAUAUAAGUCCACACACUCUGAGAGAAGACUGCAGUAAUAGCAUCUCUCACAAUCCAUUCACACAAUCAGCAAGUGCCCUCUCGGGAAUAAUGAAACAUCCAUCAUCUCAAAAAGAAGAAUACGAGUUCAGCUUAGCCACAGCUGCAGAAUUACGUUGCAAAAGCAGCACAGCAUUCACUGAUUGUGGUGAGUGCGAGACUUGCUUACUGGCUAAUAAACUUAGAGAGCUUCAUGGGUGGUUUCAUCGUUUUGGAGAUCACUCUAAGAAAAGGUUUAUGCUUGGCCUAUUACGACGGACUAAAAGUGUUGAUUUGCUGAGGAACCUGGUUAUGCUUCUCCAACCUGUGCUUAACAAAGACGGGACCUAUGCCAGGGCCAGGACACACCCUAGCCUACCUACCGACUCAGCAACCCUGAGCUCUGACCGGGCGGUUAAGGUAGACAAUGUUGAGUAUGUGACUAGCAGCACUUGGGAGUGGUUCUCACACUCUACAUACUGGACCAAGAUGAACUUUUUGCUGAGUAUGUGUCAACGUUGUGAUGCACAUCUACUGUACCAGCUGUUUAUGCAAGCUAAAACGUUACUAGCAUCGGAGCUGAACAUAGCAGAAGCCACAGAAGGGGAUUGCUGUGAAACGGCAUCCAUCAAAUCAUCUGAAUAUUCCGUCAAUACAGAAGAACGACCUGACCUUGAACUUCUCUCCUUGGCGCGACCCGAUUACAGCCAGAUAAUUGAAGAUCCUUUCACCGGAGAAAUCCUCUUAGACAAAAUUAAAACAUGCCAGAAUGAUGCAGCUAAUGAGGCCCACUCCACCACAGCCUCAUCCGUCAACACAGUGGAUCCAUUGAUUCUUAUUAUCCCAACAUCUGCCAAGGCUUACUCUGGAGUGUCUGCUCACAGAGAUUUCAUUCGGUGCCUGCCCGUUCAUAUAGCCAAGGUGAUACUCAGCAUGCUUGACAUGGCGUCCCUGUACAAUGCUUUGUGUGUCAGCCCUAACUGGAGGAAGCUGGCUGAAGAGGUAAAACACGAGUUUAGCGUCAAUCAGCAGAUUCGCGAAGAAGUACUACUUAUGCAGGGCGCCUCAGCGCACGGUGCUAAUCCAGUCUACGCCAAUGAUAUCGAUGUCUUGGUGCCCAACAUCGACCCUGGUUCGAACGAGGUGAUCCCGUCCAGCGGUGACGUCAUCAAGACCACUUUCAAAAGCGAGAUGAGCUUCGAAACAGGAUACAGCGGCGUCAGCACCAAGAAGGUGAUCAUGGAAGAGAGGAACAUCUAUUGUGGCGCUUACAAUGUCAUGGUCGUUGAUGACAAUGAAGAUGCCAAUAGAGUCAUGCAUACUGAUGGAAGUCAUCUUAUCGCUGUUGGCUCCAAGGACAGGAAAGUGCGUUUCAUUGAUUGUGGAACUGGGAAAGAAUCAGGGCCAGUCAUCAUUGGUCAUGCUGGAUCCAUUCGUUGUUGUUAUCUCUUGCAGGAUCAAGGCAAAGUCUUAAGUGGAAGUUAUGAUACAAGUGUUAGGUGCUGGUCAAUAGAAACUGGACAAUGUCUAAAAAUACUACGUGGCCACCAAGAUACUGUAACUGUGAUAGCAGUGUUGGGGGACAUUGUUGCUACAGGUGCUAAAGAUAACCAGUGCAAAAUUUGGAGCUUAGAGAGUGGUAAAUGUCGGAAGACAUUCAAACAUCAUGCCCCAGUGAUGGCUGUUGCUUUGUCUGAAGAAAUAUGUAUAUCUGGUUGUGAGGCUGGUAAAGUCAAAGUUUGGGAACUGGCUUCUGGGAAUUUGAUUAAGACAUUAUCAGGGCACCAUGGACCUAUAACUGGCAUUAAAUUUGACCGCUGGCAUAUUGUGACAGGCAGUAAAGAUGGCUAUGCUUUGGGAUGGAGUGCCAUUGGUAGUCAUUCAAGAUGCCUUGCUGCCUUGAGGCAUCCAAAGGAGGUUUUGUGUUUAGAGUUUGUCUAUCUCCGAGUCAUAACAGGAUCAGCUGAUGGGAGAAUUCGAAUCUGGAAUCUAAUUACUGGACAGUGUUGUCGAAUCAUGAGGGGAAAUAGUCGGAGUGACCCAAUUCUUGCUAUGGUUGCAAUUGGGGACAGAAUAACUGUCAACACAUUAAACAAUCUGUUAGUGAUGAAUUUUGAGAAAGUCAAUUGGGACUACACUCUUAAAACAGACCAUGUUCCCCCAUUGAUACAGUAUGGAUCUUACAGUGAUGCACCUGUUCGCACACAGCCAUAUCCAUACAUACGGGCACAGCGGAUGCGCAAAGCAGGUGCUGCCAACUCUAAAAUAAUUAACCAUGAUUCUUCACCUCAAGAGUUGAAUACACAGGUUCUUUUACAAAAUCAGUACAGAGCUGGACAAAUUCCCCACAGUGCCAAGACUCUAAGUGACAGAAGUCUGUGCAAUGCCAGGCGUGUUCAGAGUCGAGGGGGGACUUAUGAUGGAUUACCACUUACGCCAACAUCUGUUCAGAGUGACCUACAGAGGUUAGAAUCUGUCAGCAAUAUUGACAAAAGUAAUCUCUCAAAGCUGACAUCUUCAUCACAGCAUAUGUCUAGAUCGAGGGUGCACUCUAACACAUCGCAGUUUAGCAUCACCAUCAAAGAGAAAAAAGUUGACGAUGAGGAUGCCCCCAAACAGCCCAUCCAGAUAUCAAGGAGAACAUCCUGGGCCUUUGAGAAGCCCUUGGUCCCCAAAGACAAAGACAUAACCUUGUCAGAGAUGAAAGCUCUUCUCAGGUCUCAGAUUCGAAUGAAAGCAGAUAAAAUUGUUCCCCCAGACUUCAUUUAUUUAACUGUCAGCACCAUCCAGAAGUCCAUGACUAAAUCUGAGACUAACUUUAACACUAAUCUUAAUAUGCAAGACUUAAAACCAGAAUAUGCUAACAAGCGUCCAAGUUCAUCACCAAGUCGCAUUGACCCUCGGACCAAAGUGCCAGUGGAAGAUCUUGGUUUAGAGAUGUUGCUAUCAGAAGACGGCACAGAAUCUUUAGUGUCUGAAAUUAGGUCAAUCAAAACCAAAGAGCCUCCUAAAACAACAUCUGUUAAAACCAAAGAAUGCUAUGCCACUGACUGUGCUGCCGCACCAGUCUGCUUGCCACCACGAUCUGCUCUUCACUCAAGUAAGGUGAGAUCCACUGUUCCAAGGGGAUGGGUGCUUCGACCUAUUUCUGCUGGGCCUGUAGCAUCACCCAGAAAGGAGCACAAAUUAGUUGCUAGCCCUCCUAGACCAAUAACUGCUCCUGUGAAAUUGAGCAAUGCUAGUUUUUCUUCUGUCCCACCAAUUAUAGCUUCAUCUCUUCCGGUUGUGGGAAAUCUUCUUCAGCGGCCAAAAUCUCAACAGAUUAUCUCGUCUAGCAGAUGUGAAGCAGCUCCAGUACCCAUGUUGAUGUAUCCAAAGGAGGUUAAGGAUAAAGCUUUGGAGCUUAAAGAACUCAGAACAAAACGUUAUGGUCAUAUAGAGUAUGGCCCAGAUGGUCGCGCCCUGGGCAAGGUCAGCACACACAACUCACCACUCAGAGACCAUGUGAAGUUUGAACUCAGAACAAACAUUCAGGAGGAGCAACAGAUGAAUGAUAUCAAACGACAGCACAUGGAAGAGAGAUUGUGCAAAGAGAGAGAAGAAGAAAAAAGAAAGAAAUCAGCAUGGGUUGCCAUGGUAAUGGGGAAAGAUAAAUCUAGAUCUAGUUCGGACCUAGAAGAAUAA